AUGAAUCAAGUAAUCUUAGAUAAUCUCCUUAAGUACGAGCUCAAAAUCAGAAGAAACAAUGAGAAUAACAGCCACCAUAUUGCCAUUGAAACGAUUAAUCUCAUUUUGGAUGCAAUUAAAAAUGCAAAAUCAAAUGCAAACGUUGAAGACUUAAUUCGUCGCAUUACAGACAGACUUAUCAAAGACUUCCCCAAUGAUACAAUUAUUAAGAACAUUUGCUCUCAAGUUAUCGUUAAACUUGAAGAUUUUAUAAAGGAUUAUCACCAAAGAAAUACAAAUACGAAUGCUCAAAUGAGAAAGAGCCACUCAUUACUUCAAAUCAUCUCCGAUUAUACCAAUUUUACAAGCAGUAAUUCUGACGAACUUUUAUCUUCUCACGAAUUACCAGAAGAUCUCAGCUAUGUCAUGAAAUCUCAGCUUGAAGAACUCAUGAACGAUCUUUCCAACCCAUACCCAGAUAUCGCAAAGAACGCAAGUGACUAUCUUCACGCAAAUGAUGUAGUUUUGACAAUUGGUCGGUCCGAGUCUGUUGCGCAGUUCAUUGUAUCAGCAAAAUGCGAACUUACAGUCUUCAUUCCACUCCGUGCUCCUAGAAACGACGGCAUAGAUAUGGCCAAUAAGAUAAAGAAUCUUCUUUCUACGAAUAAGAGCAGUUCCAAGGUUAAAAUCGUUGUUAUUCCAGAUGCUUCUGUCUUUGCUAUCAUUCCAAAGGUCAAUGUCGUUCUUCUUUCCGCUAGAACUGUAUUUGCUAAUGGCGGAAUCAUCAGUUUCUCUCUUAGCCAUGCUGCCGCACUCGCUGCAAGUAGAUACUCAAAGACAGUCAUCGCAUUGUACUGGGAAAUGAAACUUACAUCAGAUAUGUAUCAUCCAGGUGAAACUUACGCGAUUUUGAAGGAUCCAAGACAGGUUAUGGAUGAUGAAAUAGUUGACCAGACUGAUUCUACGAUUAUUUACCCAGAUGGAGAUUCUAUUCCACCAGAACUUAUUACAUUGAUGAAGAAUGAGUCUAAGGCUCACGUUCCAACUGAUGUGUUCUCCAUUGUUCAGCAGAACUACUUCGUUGAUGAAUAA